AUGGUACUGUUAACAUUAAUUGCACGUGUACGAGAUGGUCUCAUUCUGGCGACGUCAAUUGAAGGUGGUGAUGAGGCUGAUCACAAUAUGGUGAAAUAUACGAAUCAGGCAAAAAUGAUCUUCAGAAAGUUGCAUACAGCCACAGUCUCAGCGGCUACUGUCGAGAGUGGGCCAUAUUAUUUUCACUACGUAAUAAAAGGCCCAGUUUGUACGCUGUGUUUAUGCGAUAAAGAUUUUCCACGAAAAUCAGCAUUCGCCUAUUUAGAAGAAGUGACAAAUGAAUUCAACAGUCAGCAUGCACCAAAGAUAGAUCAAGUCACAAGACCUUACCAUUUUAUUGAAUUCGGUUCGUUUUUCAUAUUUUUUUGA